AGGAGGCCCACUCGAUGCAGCCCCGUCUCUUCCGUUGGAAACCGGGAACUGCUCUGCCCCCAUGGAGGGCUGAUGUUCACCGUUGCGUCCAUGAUCAAGGAUGACUCCAAACUCUCUGAUAUGGCCCGACGAAUGGGAAAAGAUCCGAAAGCUUUUCGUGGUGGAUCACGCCAUCCGAGUCAUCCGGAGGGAGGCCCCCCAGGAGAGCGCUGAGCGGCUGCUGUACAUGACGGAACCUGACCUGUGCCUGGAUUGCCGAGAAGGCCUGUUGUACCAGCAGCAGCGAGACCUCCGCGAAUACACCCAGGCCACCAUCUACGUGCGGAAAGUGGUGGACGAUAAAAAGGUCAUGAAGGAAGCCGCUCCAGAGCUGAACAUGAGCAGCUCAGAGGCCGAAGAAGAGAGGGAAGAGGCCAGGGCAGAAGGGGAGCACGAUCCAGAUUUCAACCAGGCGAACAGCAACGCCAAGCGGCAGAAAGUCGCCCACCCGAACUCCGUGGCCUGUGAGAAGCAGGGCAUCCGGCGCAGCACCCGCCACAGGAGGAUACGGGGGGAGAAAGCCCUCCUCGUCUCCGCCAACCAGACGCUGAAGGACCUGAAAAUCCAGAUCAUGCAUGCUUUCUCCGUGGCUCCCUUCGACCAGAACCUCUCGAUCGACGGGGCGGUGCUGUCCGACGAUGUGGCCACGCUGGGCAGCCUGGGGGUCACUCCCGAGUCCGUGGUUCUGUUGAAGGCGGAUGAGCCAAUCGUGGAUUAUGCAGCGAUAGACGACGUUAUGCAAGUCUCCAUUCCGGAGGAAGGCUUUAAAGGGACGGGUCUCCUUGGACACUAACCUUCGUCCUUCGGCCAGCCGGCCACUCCUUUUGAAAUAGCCAGGAAUGGAAAGGAUUUGGGCCCUCUGGGGGAAAAGCGAACUCAAAAGACCGGCCCGAGGGACCCCAUUCGGCCAUGGCUGCCCCCCCCCCCCCAAGAGGCCUUGCCUUGGUGCACAUCUGUGGGGAGCGAGAGGACUCCCAGAGGGGAGCCCCCACUUUGGGGGGUCCCCCCUCAAAAGCAGCUCUAUUCACUUUUUUUACAAGCGGAGGAGGAAGCCAAUGAUGGUGAGCCUCGACCUCCUGGGACCGCGUGGGAAGCCCCACGUCAGACACCCACCACCCACCACCACCACCCCGAACUCCUGGAGAAAGUUGCAGCCGGCGGGAGCGGAGAGCCGGGCCCUCCUUCCGGACCCCUUCCUCCUGCUUUUUGGGGGCCACUGUUCCUGCACAGAAGGAGCAGCACCCCCCUUCCUCCCUUCCCCAAAUCCGGGGCCUUUUCUUGCAGGACAGCUGCAGCGUCUCUGACCGAGGAGGGGCUUCGGGGGCCCCCCAAAGUUUGCAGCCGCUUCCCCAGUUCUUUUUCCCCCCGCCCCAAAGCAACGGAGGCCCCGGGGUGUGUGUGUGUGGGUGUUCCUGUGGUGGUGGGGUGUCGUCUUUUUGUUUUAAUUUCAAUUUUUGUUUGCCACACCUUCCCAAGCUUGGCCAGCCGGUGGACAAGCCCUCAGCAUCCUUGUUGUGGGGGGAGAGAGAGCCAAAGGGGGAGAUAUUUUUUUGGGGGGGGGGGGGAAACAGAGGCUUUGACAUCUCAGCUGUCACUCCAGGCCCGUUUGCCAUAAAUUGGGGAGGGGGGCGCAGCCCAGCAAGGCAGGUUCCUCCUCCUCCAGAGCCUCCCUUUCCCA